GUCUUCGUCCGGUUAAAGAGCAAGGCAAUUGACAAAACGAGGAGGGAGAGUGUAGAGAGAGAGAGAGAGAGAGAGAGAGAGAAUUACUAAAGACCAUUGACCGUGAUUGACUUGCUUCCACUGUUUCUGCCUUCUCCAAGAGGUUGCUACCUCUCUUUUCCUCGUUAAAAAGCUCAGAUUUUUAGUGAUCAAUCCGCACUUCACUGUCUUCGUCUCGACAACACCCUGAAAAAAGUCCCUUCUUGAGGCCUCCAUUUUGUCUGAUCAAAGGGCAAAAAAGUUGUAGCUGGAGCUGCCGUACUUGGUAAAAUGCUCGCUUACCAUUCUUGGCGUGUGAUCAGAAUCUCUUGUAGGGUCAAAAGUUUGGUCGCCAAUGGGAACUAUCGGAGAUUAUAACCAAUGUUCAAGUGAUUAUGAACCAGAUGAAGAAGGACCGGUGCUUAUUUCGGCUCCAUUUCCUUUUAUAGAUGAGAAGCCUCGGCAUGUUCUCAUAGGAGAAACUUCCAAAUGUUUGAUUACUAUACAGAAUACCAGCAGUGACCAGGUGGAACUUUGGGGGAUCAGGAUUUUCUCAUCAAAUCCUCCGAACUCGUUUGCGUUGUCUCUGAUGGAACCGCCAUCUCUCAAUUCAGACGAAAGAUAUGUUCGAUCAUUUCGUCAAGGUUCUGAAUUGGAGGAUAGAGUAUUGCAUCCACAUCAGACUCUAAAAAUUUGGUUAUCCUGCAAGCCGAACGAUAUGGGCUUGCAGCAAGCCAUCGUCCAUUUUGAUGUGGAGGAUGCUAGGAUUGAACGCGUAGUCUUCUUAUUGGCUGAGGAUAAGAUCUCUCAGUCUCUGGCUCCAAACAGGUCAUACAUAAGAGUUCCAAGAAGAAAACAAUUUACCAUGGAAAACUGUGAGUUUGCGGUUCCGUACCGUUAUGGGAGGGAAAAAACCCAAAGAUCUAGGUCUCGUGUACUUCAGGAGUACCCCAUCCCGAAGAAUUUCAGGGAGUUGUUUAUGAAUAACCAGGUCCCUGAUGUUCUUGAUGAAGGAUUGACUACUGAGAACUACUCAGCUUACUUCAAUGCAUUAGUUAUCAUCGAAGAGCUAAACUUGGAGAAAGAAAUGAGGCGCCAUAACAUGGAGUGUGUCCAAAUGACGAGGAAGGGUGCUCGUCUUCUAACUUUGGUGGUUCCUGGGCUUGCUGAGAAGAGGCCUUCACUUUUACAAGGCGAUAUUGUCCGGGUGAAGCUUGCUUAUGAAGUCACGGCUCAUACUAUUCCUUACGAGGGCUGCAUUCAACGUGUGGAAGCUGAUGAAGUGCUUUUAAGAUUUGCGGAUGAAUUUCAUGAGCGUCAUUAUAACAAAAACUUUUACAGUGUUCAAUUUGCUUGUAAUCGGGUAAACAUGAGGCGGUUGUAUCAGGCCAUUGAAGCUGCGGAGCGGUUAGGAAAUGAAAUUCUGUUUCCAACAGUUUCAAAUGGCAGAACGUUGAUCGAAACAUCACCCUUUGUGCCUUUUACAUCUAAUUUGAACGAGGAGCAAAUGCGUUGCAUUCAGAUGAUUCUUGGUUGCAAAGGUGCUCCUCCCUAUGUGAUUUUCGGGCCUCCAGGAACCGGUAAAACAAUGACAUUGGUCGAAGCGAUUUUACAGGUAUACAAAACGCGGAGUAGGUCAAGGGUUCUUAUUUGUGCUGCUUCCAACAGUGCUGCAGAUCAUAUACUUGAAAAACUAAUCACAAAUGAGGUUGCCCAAGUCAAAGAGAGUGAGAUUUUCAGGCUCAAUGCUACCAGUCGUCCUUACCACGAUCUUCAGGCAGAACACAUCCGCUACUGCUAUUUUGUGGAGUCUGUCUUCAGAUGUCCUCCUCUUGAGGCUUUGAUGCGCUAUAGGGUCAUCAUAUCUACAUAUACGAGCUCAUCCCUCCUUCGUGCAGAAGGCAUAGAAAGGGGUCACUUUUCCCAUAUUUUUCUGGAUGAGGCCGGGCAAGCUUCGGAGCCUGAAUGCAUGGUUCCUGUCGCCAACCUUUGUGGGAAGGAGACGGUGGUUGUACUAGCCGGAGACCCAAAGCAACUUGGCCCCGUUAUACAGUCCAAAGAUGCAGAGGCUCGUGGAUUGGGAAAAUCUUUCCUAGAGAGGCUCUUUGAACACGAAAACUAUCUGAAUGAGGACAUCGGGUUUGUGACAAAACUGGUGAGAAACUAUCGGUGCCACCCUGCCAUUUUAGAUCUUCCUUCAAAUCUCUUCUAUGAAGGGAAAUUGUUAGCAUGUAAGGAAAACUCCUGUUCUGCAAUCCCAUCUUCCGAUCUGCUUCCAAACAAGGAGUUCCCCAUUCUAUUUAUUGGCAUUCAAGGCUGUGAUGAGAGAGAGGGUAAUAACCCAUCAUGGUUCAAUCGAAUUGAAGCAAGUAAAGUCGUUGAUUUCAUCCAGAAGUUGAGAGACAGUUCGAGUAUGAGCGAAGCCGACAUUGGGGUAAUAACACCGUAUCAGCAGCAAGUGGUGAAAAUCAGAAAGGUACUCGAAACGUACGAUAUGUUGGGCGUCAAGGUGGGAAGUGUUGAACAGUUUCAGGGACAAGAGAGAGAGGUCAUCAUUGUCUCCACUGUCCGAUCGACAUUGAAGCAUACCGAGUUUGACAGAGCUCAUUGUCUCGGAUUCUUAAGCAACCCGAGGAGAUUCAACGUUGCAGUAACCCGUGCUCGGUCUCUGCUUGUCAUCAUCGGGAACCCUCACAUUGUUAGCAAGGACCCUUACUGGGAAAAGCUUUUGCAGUAUUGCGUCGACAAUAAUUCCUACCAAGGCUGUCCUCUCCCCGAAGGACCGGAUGACGAGGAGGAGGAGUCUUUCAUCGGGGGAGAAACCUAACAACUCUCAUACUUCAGGGACCUGUAGAGAUCUCUUGGGGAUAAUUCCUGAAGACUAAUCAUGUCAACUGAUGAAGCUGAACUUUCGAGAUGUCUGGAGCUGGUUUUUCUGCAUUUUCGCUUUGUACCGUGUUAAUAACGUCUGUCCAUAUGCUUCUGACCGGUUAAACAAGAAGUUCAUCUUUUGUGUUGUUGCUGCCGGUUUGGCCCCAGACCAUGGAUGAUGGAAGCAUGGUCUAGUUUCCGCACUUAGCGGUUGGAAGGUUGUGUCUGUUCUCUGGUGCUGUUGUUUUUCCUGAUCUGACUCUUAGGAUACAGUUAAGGUUAGCAAACUUUCAUGUGAAAA